UACCUGCCAUUUCCUUAAUCUUGGAAAUUGCUAACAAAAAAUGAACCUCUCCCUGUUAAAAUGUGACGUCUAAGGAGAAAAACCAUCAGUUUGGACAUAUUCUGAAUAAACAGAAGAUCCAAAUCUCAGGAAGCAGGAAAACAUGGGGUCUGCUACACACACAGUGUGUGUGCUCCUGUGUUUCUUAGUCUCAAGAUCAUGCUACACACUCCAGACUGUGGGCCCAUGUACGGUCAACAGAGAGAUGGCUGCAUUUGACUGCAGUGGGAAAAGACUUACAUCAGUACCAAAGCAGAUCUGGAUGAACGUAACCGAACUGGACCUGUCUGAAAAUCUGUUAGACUUUUCCCAUAGUGACAGCUUCAAGAGCCUGAAUCUCUUUAGCCAUUUAGUCUCACUGAACCUAUCAGGCAACUACCUCCCCCUACUGUUAAAAGACCAUCUCUACAGCCUUUCUUCUCUUAAAGUACUUGACCUGAGUAGGUGUAAACUGGCCGCAGUGGAGGCAAACGCUUUCACCAGUCUUUCCAGUUUAAAGAUGCUCUUCCUGGGGGACUUUCAGUCGAUUGCAGUUAAAGAUUUGAGAUUGAGUCAGUUUGUGGAACUUAGAGGAGAACAGAGUAACAGACAGAAAGCGGGAGACAGAGUAAUGAUGACCAGAGCAUCAAAACACAAGGCACAUGAUGACCACAGUGAUGGAUAUUCUAAGGAUGUCAACCGUGGAGCCUUCCUUCGUAAACUAUUCACAGUGGAACCAACGCCUAUAAACCAUACAAAUAAUGGCAUGGAACCAGAUUAUGGUUCCAAAACGUCUUCAGAAAGCUGGAAGGUCCUUGUAGCUGUUCUGGGGUCAGCUCUAACCUUCUCCAUCCUUAUUGCUUUGAUGGCCAAAUACAAAGUUGUGCACAAGUAUCUGGCGAGCUACAGACACUCCAGGCUCAGUGAAGUAGAUGCCACGAGUCAGUGUGACCCUGCAAACUUUGAGGUGGGAUUCUCAACCCAGGGGGGCCCUGGGAUCCGUGCAGCUGCACCUACCAGUGGCAUUGAGGAGGAUGACGAUGGGUUUAUUGAAGACAACUAUAUUCAAGCGAGUGAGAGUGAGAGAGCCACAAGAGCAGCAGAGCUGACUGAUGAUGAUGAUGAUGAGGAGGAAGAGAUUGAAUUUAGUAUUGGCUAGCAUUAUUAAGUGUAAUGUUGUUAAAUCUUAUUUAUAAUAACUUGCAUUAAAUAGUCAUUACCAAACGUUCAAUACUUCAUAAUCAGAUAUCAAAGUAUUCAUUGAUUAAUUCAUAAAAAAAAAAAAA